GACUGGUCCAGUGCCAGUAGGGAUUACGUAUAAACACAGCAAUGUCACCCAUUACGUGUGACUAGGAGACAAAUAUUGCCAGCGGCUCACCACUAUAUAAGCAGUAAUCCGCAAUCCUGCCAACGCUAUCGUCUUCGUUUCAACUUUACUUACCAUGUCCUCUCCUCCCCCGAAUCCUGAUUCAAGGCCUCUUCCGAGAGGCUGGUUAGCGCAAUAUAACUGGGAAUAUAAAGCAUGGUUUUAUGUGAAUGAGAUGGAACAACCUCCUCGAUCAUCCUGGGAGCAUCCCCUAGGCCCGCCCCAAUACAUUGCUCCCCCCGGACCUCCCCCUCCCAAUCGCGACUUCAACCGCUCUCCUUAUCAAGGCGGCUACAACCAGGCUCCCGCUCCGAGUGGAUACGCGCCCUCUUACGGUGGCUACGGUGGUAAUGCACCUCCCGGUGGGUAUGGCGGUUAUCAGGGCUAUCCACCUGCAGGAGGCGAUAGAGGCUUCUUUGGCAGGACGUCUUCUCAGCCCCAACAGCCUGUUUAUGCGCAGCAGCAGGCUCCUCCGAGGAAGAGCGGACCGGGGAUGGGCACUGCUCUGUUGGCUGGCGGUGCAGGUCUAGUAGGCGGUGCCCUCCUCAUGGACGCCUUCGAGGACCAUCAAGACAACGUGAGAGAAGAAGCCUAUGACCAAGGGUAUGAUAAUGGUUACGAUAACAAUUACGACAAUGGCGGCGAUUGCGGAGGAGAUUGGUGAACGACAUGCUUGGCUGGGUAACGCUUACAGUUUCUUGACGCCUAAUGUGGUGAAUUUGUGUUUGUGUAUCGUACUUUG